AUGGCGGAUCUCAAACCCAGGAUCGAGAUUUCGUUCCUUGAAACCUUCAUUUGUAGCGCUUUCGCAGCUUGUUUCGCAGAGUUAUGUACUAUACCAUUGGACACAGCUAAAGUAAGGCUUCAGCUUCAAAGAAAGAUCCCAACUGGAGACGGUGAGAAUUUGCCAAAGUACAGAGGCUCAUUGGGUACGCUCUCUACCAUAGCGAGAGAAGAAGGUAUUUCUGGGCUUUGGAAAGGUGUAAUUGCAGGACUGCAUCGUCAAUGCAUCUAUGGUGGCUUAAGGAUUGGGUUAUAUGAGCCUGUCAAGACAUUUUUGGUUGGAAGUGACUUUAUUGGGGAUAUUCCACUAUAUCAAAAGAUUCUUGCAGCUUUAUUAACCGGAGCUAUAGCUAUUAUAGUAGCUAAUCCAACCGAUCUUGUUAAAGUUCGGCUUCAGUCAGAAGGAAAACUACCAGCUGGUGUUCCUAGGCGUUAUGCAGGAGCUGUAGACGCUUAUUUCACCAUAGUGAAGUUGGAAGGAGUUAGUGCGCUGUGGACAGGGCUUGGCCCUAAUAUUGCAAGGAACGCUAUUGUAAACGCUGCAGAGCUAGCUAGUUAUGAUCAGAUAAAGGAGACAAUUAUGAAAAUUCCAGGCUUCAGAGACAGUAUUUUGACUCAUCUACUAGCUGGUUUAGCUGCAGGAUUCUUUGCUGUCUGUAUUGGAUCUCCGAUUGAUGUGGUGAAAUCUAGAAUGAUGGGAGACUCUACUUACCGUAACACGAUCGAUUGCUUCGUUAAAACCAUGAAGACUGAGGGAAUUAUGGCCUUCUACAAAGGGUUUCUCCCGAAUUUCACACGACUAGGAACUUGGAACGUGGUUAUGUUCCUCACACUAGAACAAGUGAAAAAAGUGUUUCUAAGAGAAGUAUUGUACGAUUAA